CGCCGGGCGGCGGCGCAGUCCCGUUAGGAGGCAGCGCGCAGCCCGCAGCGAGCCCCGCCGGCGCAGGAGGAGAGACCUGCCGCGCCCGCCGCCAAGAUGCCGAAAACGAUCAGCGUGCGUGUUACCACCAUGGAUGCUGAGCUGGAAUUUGCCAUCCAGCCCAACACUACAGGAAAGCAGCUCUUUGAUCAGGUUGUGAAGACAAUUGGUCUAAGAGAGGUCUGGUUUUUUGGACUUCAGUAUCAGGACACCAAGGGCUUCUCAACAUGGCUGAAACUGAACAAAAAGGUGACAGCACAGGAUGUGCGCAAGGAAAGUCCCCUGCUCUUCAAAUUUCGUGCCAAGUUCUACCCGGAGGAUGUGGCAGAGGAGCUGAUCCAGGACAUCACACAGCGCCUCUUCUUCCUUCAAGUGAAGGAGGCAAUCCUGAAUGAUGACAUUUAUUGCCCUCCAGAAACAGCUGUCCUCCUGGCUUCUUAUGCUGUCCAGUCAAAAUAUGGUGAUUUUAACAAAGAGGUGCACAAGCCUGGCUACCUUGCUAGUGACAAACUGCUCCCACAGAGAGUUCUGGAACAGCACAAACUUAACAAGGACCAGUGGGAGGAGAGGAUCCAGGUGUGGCAUGAGGAACAUCGAGGAAUGAUUAGAGAAGAUGCUGUCUUGGAGUACCUGAAGAUUGCACAGGAUCUAGAAAUGUAUGGUGUGAACUACUUCAGCAUUAAGAACAAGAAGGGCUCUGAACUCUGGCUGGGUGUAGAUGCUCUUGGACUCAACAUUUAUGAGCAGAAUGACAGGCUAACACCGAAAAUUGGGUUCCCUUGGAGUGAGAUCAGAAAUAUCUCAUUCAAUGACAAGAAGUUUGUUAUCAAGCCUAUUGACAAGAAAGCACCGGACUUUGUAUUCUAUGCCCCUCGGUUAAGGAUUAACAAGCGAAUCUUGGCACUUUGCAUGGGGAACCAUGAGCUCUACAUGCGCAGACGUAAACCAGAUACCAUUGAGGUGCAGCAGAUGAAAGCACAAGCUCGGGAGGAGAAGCAUCAGAAACAGAUGGAGAGAGCCCUGCUGGAGAAUGAGAAGAAGAAGAGGGAGUUGGCAGAAAAGGAGAAGGAGAAGAUUGAACGUGAGAAAGAGGAAUUAAUGGAGAGACUCAAGCAAAUUGAGGAACAAACCAAGAAAGCUCAGCAAGAACUGGAAGAACAGACACGCAGAGCCAUGGAGCUGGAACAGGAGAGAAAACGAGCUCAGGAGGAAGCAGAAAAACUGGCUAAAGAACGUCAAGAAGCAGAAGAGGCAAAGGAGGCUCUUCUGAAAGCAUCCCAUGAUCAACAAAAGACCCAGGAACAACUGGCUGCUGAGAUGGCAGAACUCACAGCUAGGAUUACGCAGCUGGAGUUAGCCAGGCAGAAGAAGGAGAGUGAGGCCCAGGAGUGGCAACAGAAGGCACAGAUGGUGCAGGAGGACCUUGAAAAGACUAAAGAGGAGUUGAAGACUGCCAUGAGCACCCCUCACGUCGCUGAGCCCAUGCACUCUGAGAAUGAGCAUGAUGAUGAGCAGGAUGAGAAUGCUGCAGAAGCCAGCGCUGAGCUGCGGUCAGAAGCCACUAUCAAGGACCGUAGUGAGGAGGAGCGCACCACUGAAGCGGAGAAGAACGAACGUGUCCAGAAACACUUGAAGGCUCUUUCCUCAGAGCUGGCAAAUGCUCGGGAUGAAACCAAGAAGACAGCCAAUGACAUGAUCCAUGCUGAGAACAUGCGGCUGGGCCGAGACAAGUACAAGACCCUCCGUCAGAUUCGGCAGGGCAAUACCAAGCAGCGCAUUGAUGAGUUCGAGUCCAUGUAAACUCUCCCCUGUACCUGCUGCCCUGCGCUCUUCUCCCCUCUUUCCCAUCCUCUCCCAUCACUCACUGGUAAUCAUGCUGCGCUGGAACCACUACAGAAGAGUGACCAUGGUCUUAUUUAUAGAGUAUUGGGCAAGUGCUGCAGUUCAGCAACAGAGGAAAAACCAACAUCUACAUCUUCCUGGGGGUGGCCGGGGAAAGUAAGCUCAUACUGGGGCAAAUUUGAAAUAGCUUGGCUUUGAGUAAAAUCUCACUGCAUUUAGUUUUGUAUUGUUUGUCAAAACAGCUGUGUUGCUGCUCUCCUACUGGGUAAAGAGGCCACCAGAUACUUUGAAUUACUUUGAGUAAACUGCAACAGUUUGACACCGUGCCUUCCUACUAACUUGCACAAACUUCAAUAUGAAGCUUAAUGGCCAGGGUCUAAAUUUUUGACUUUAUACAGGGUCUGACUCAUGUAGUUGAGAAGGGGAGGCUGGAGGUAGGGAAUAAGAGUUGGUGAUAUAAUACAGACUUUCUUCUAAAAGACCAAAGCUUUUGACCUUAAAACUGAUGCAGACAAAAUAGAUAAACAGUGGUGUUAAUAAUGUCUUGUAUGACCCUACUGGCAUUAGCUUUUCUUUUUUAAUGAUGAAAUUUUGAAUUUCCUAAUCAUGUGGAGGCCUUUUGAAUAUUUCCACCGAAGUGUUUUGGACCAUCAACUUCCUUGUUUUCCAGAAGAAGUAUUUUCCUCUGGGUAAAUUGCUUUGUUUACUGUCACUUGUCUGACUUGAAUGUAACCAGUGGAGCAGAAAUAGCUAAAGAACAUUGCCUCCCAUUUUGGGGUCACCAAUGAAAACCUAGAGGGAUAGGCAGAAAUGCAAAGAGCUAAAACCUGUUGUAGCUAUGUUUUUCCCUUGCUGUAAAACAGUAUACUCCUAGUUGUGGAAUGGGAUUUCAUAUGUCUAGAAGAGGCCUUUUUAACAGAUAGCUAUUGGUGCCUUAUGACUGUGUACAGAUCUACUGUAGCUCAGAUGUCUUUACUUAAACUAGACAUAAUCAUAAAAAGUGAUGAGCAGCUGGGGACCAAAAAUUACUUUUGUAUCUGGGUCAUGUACAAGUUUGAAUUUGUCUUCCUAGCUUCCGGCAGCAUUCAAGGGGAGAGGGUCAUGAAGCAUUUAUCCAGCUGGUGCCUUAAUCCUCCCUAGCAUUCUGCUAGCUCCCUGACUCAGAUGUUUUUCCUUCCCUAGAAGGAUGUGUUGCCUCUUUGCAGCUUUGAGAACAGAGGGCUCUGUUAGAAAUAGACCCUAGUGGUGGUGAGGAGACUUGACCUGAAAACUGGUUUUAACAAUUACCAGUGUCCUUGACAUCUUGUAUUCCAAGCUAUCUGUUCCUGUCUGUGUAGUGGCUACCAGGAUUCCUUUCCUUCCAUUUCUGAGGAAGGAACAGCCAUGUAUGCUCAGGGCUGAAUUGGAGUUUGCCUUGAUCCUUCAUAGAAGGAAAUCUUCAACUUUAGAAGAGGCCUCUUACAAAGGGAUUCCAUCUAAAAUGGAGUUCUCCUUUGCUUUGCCCUCCUUGAAUUAGCUUGUACCUAUAGGAAGUCAUCAGGCUAGCCUAUAGUUUAAUUUCUUGCCUAGCAUGAUCCUGAAUCUCACAACUUUCUCAGUUUUGUGGCUGCCUCGCUUGUCUCUGGUACCACUGUUAGUGGUGAUAGGAGGAAAACAUCUGAAUAUGCUAGAACUUUCAGCUCCCUACACUAUGAGAAAGGUAAAGGGGAGUGUGCCAAAAAGAAAUGUUCAUGCCAGUGUUAAUAAACUGCAGUAUUUCCCCAAGAAUUCCCUGGGCUGCUAGCAAUAACCUCACCAGUGCUAGUUGUCUUUUUUUUUUUUUUUUUUUUUUUUUUUUUUGGUGUUUUUGUCUUGUUUUUUCUGGAGCAAUACAAGAGAUCCACACAAUGCCAACCAACCAAACCUCUGCUAGGAGGAUCACUUUGUGCUCCUUCUACAUGUCCAGCAAAGUCACGUGGGAGCCCCCUUCUCUCCCUUAGAUGCAGUGUGUCUUUGGCAAGUGGACCUGGGAAGCCUUUGGCUGGCCAAAAACACAUGCUCCACUGCUUUGAAUGUCGCCAAUGAAAGAUUGCAGUUAAACUUGUCAGGACUGAUUUGCGUAUUUCUUUACUGAAGGGUUAUUGGCACUGGCUCUACAAGAGUCUCAUUAUUGGGGAACAAACAACCAUUACACUUCUGUUCUGGUGCUUUAAAGCUGGUUCUCGGCACUUCUGCUCUGUCCCUGGCAACUACUGGUGCAUCUGGGUGUGGGGGGAGGGGGAAGCCCUUAUUGCAUUUUAACAAUUUCCUAAUAAGAUAUACGGUGCCUGGAAUGUGUUUAAAUAAUAAACCAGUAAACCUCUUUCUGCUUUGAUGGGUGUCACAAUACUGCUGAACUCAUGUAUUACAAUGUUGGCAUGACUUCUGUUUAUAGAGUUUUUUUUCUUUUUUUUAUUGUUCUAAUUCCAACUGGUCCAAUAUAGGAAUAGAACAACUUGUGCCAGUGAGUCCACCUAACUCCUUGUGUAGUUGUUUCAGCCCUGCCCUCCUCUUAACCAGUAUUAUCUUACAGUGGUAUCUAAUGAUAUUUGAUUUCAAUAUUUCUAGCUAUGCACAAUUAGAAAAUAUUAGUCAUGGGAGGGAGGAUACUUUUAUGGUCCCCCAUCUCUUGGAAAUGUAUACUGUAUUGUAAAGAGAUGAUAUUUUGCAAGAAAACUAAUGUAAGAAGCUUUCAGUAUUACAGUGAGAUUUCUAGACAGGUUCUUUUUUUAUUUUUUAGAAUACAGUGAGUUUUCCUUCCUCUCCUUGUUCCAGAUCGAUUGGAUAAAUACUCCUCUUGGGGUUGGGGGGACGGAAUUACCUUAUAAAAUGUUUACCUGACUUGUGUGUGUGUGUGUGUGUGUGCGCGCGUGUGCGCACGUGGGCGUGCUUUUUUUUUUUUUUGUUUUUUUUUUUCCUUCCCCUUGGUUCCUGUAAAUUAUGUUAAGGGUUUUUUUUCCCUUUGUUUUGUGACCAAUCUCUUUCCUAGCUUUUAAUAAAGCAUCAGUUUCUUGUGGGGUAUUUCUUGGGUCCAUGUGAUUAUCUGCAAAGAGCCUCAAUAUUAAAGUUUUUUUCCCCCCCUAUUUGGAGGAGUUGUUAAAAUCCAUACCGUGUUCUUCCUACAGUGCCAAUAAAGUUUAGAGAAAUUCAACAGAAA